CUCUUGUUUCCCUCCUCAUUUCCCCGCCGCCAUACGGUGACAUAAACUGAACAACUGGUAAAAUUCCCAGUGAUCCACUGAUGCUACAAUGAAAACUCAGGGACCCAAGUCACUCCUAGCUCUCAUAGAAACCUGCACAAGCCUUAAUCAACUGAAGCAAAUGCAUGCCAAAUCUAUAAUCUCAGGCCUUUCCUACAACCAUUUCAUCCUCACCCAAAUCGCCAAUUCCUUCCUGUUCCCUCAGUCUCUGAACUACGCCACACGCAUCUUGGUUCAAACCCAAGAGCCAAGCAUCUUCAUUUACAAUUCCAUGAUCAAAGCAUAUUCUCAAUCAGAAACCCCAUUUGUUGCUUUAUCAAUGUAUAACAAUAUGAGGGUACGCGAAAAUGCGGUGGGCGACCAGUUCACGUACCCUUUUGUGUUCAAAGCUUGUGCUAGUGAAUUGGCUGUGGAGAAAGGGAGGGAGGUUCAUGGUGUGGUUGUUAGAAUUGGAUUUGAUUCGGAUAGGUUUUUGUGUUGUUCUUUGCUAAACUUUUAUGGGGUUUGCGGAAAAAUUGAGAGUGCAAGGCAGGUUUUUGAUGAAUUUAAGGCGAAGGAUGUUGUUUUCUGGAAUGCCAUGAUAAUGGGUUAUGCGCGAAAUGGGAUGGCUUUGGAAGCUUGUGAGGUUUUUAGGGAGAUGGUGAAAGUGGGAGAGGUUGCGCCCAAUGAAGGCGCGGUUUUGGCAUUGAUAUCGGCUUGCACGGUAUCGAAAAACUUGAAACUUGGGAGAGAAAUUCAUGGGUAUGUGAGAAAAGAGGUAACUUUUGGGUUAAGUGUGAAACUGGGAGCUGCAAUGGUUGAUUUGUAUGCAAAAUGUGGCUGUUUAGAUUAUGCAAAGAGAGUGUUUGAGGGAAUGCCUGAGAAGAAUUCUGUGGUGUGGAACUCAUUGAUAAGUGGUUAUUCCCUUAAUGGGUUUUCGAGGGAAGCAAUUGAUCUUUUCAAGGAUAUGUGUUUUUGGGAUGUUAAGCCUGAUAGGUACACAAUUUCAGGCUUGUUGUCUGCUUGUGCCCAAACCGGAGCUAUUAAUCUAGGGAAUUGGGUUCGGAAAUUUGCAGAGAAGAAUGGACUUUGGGACGAGUUCAUCGGGACCUCUUUGGUAGACCUGUAUGCAAAAUGCGGUUCUAUUGAAGCAGCUAGAGAAGUGUUUGAUCAAAUGGAUAAAAAAACUGUUGCAACAUGGAACACUAUUCUCUCUGGAUAUGCGUCAAAUGGGCAGGCUGGAUCUGCAAUAGAGCUCUUUGACGAGAUGAGAAAAUCAGGUGCUAUUCCGGAUAGCAUAACCUUUCUUUCGAUUUUACAUGCUUGUGCUCAUGCUGGUUUGGUUGAAAAAGGCAAGCAAUACUUUGAUUCGAUGGUGAAAAAUGAUAAGAUCACCCCAAAAGUUGAGCAUUAUGGUUGCAUGGUUGAUCUUCUUGGCCGUGCUGGACUUCUAAAAGAAGCAAGGGAGCUCAUUGAGAGGAUGGAUGUUGAACCAAAUGUAAUUGUAUGGGGAUCACUGUUUAAUGCUUGUAGCAUGCAUGGUGAUAUUGAGGUGGGAGAGUGGGCAGCUGACCAUAUUUUCAACUUAGAAGCAAUGGAUGGGGGUUCCUACGUGUUGUUAGCAAAUAUGUAUGCUGCGGCUGGAAGGUUUGACAGGGUUAAAGCAGUUAGACAGGCAAUGGUUGACGCAAGUUUUUGCAAGCUACCUGGAUGUAGCAUGAUUGAGAUUGGUGAUGUAGUUCAUGAGUUUCUUGUUGCUGACAAGACACACCCUAAAUCAGAAGAGAUCUACUCGGUGUUGGAUGAAUUAAGCGACAAGCUCAAGACGGCGACAGGCUCCAUGCACUUGCCUGCUUUAGCUGGAGAGCAUUUGGAAAGUAGCUGAGGGACAACCAUUUCACAGUGAGGGGGGCAGUUUGGUACUCUGACCCU